AUGGCGAAAGCGGUGAAACUGAUAGGCGCCUUCGGCAGCCCAUUCGUCCACCGCGCCGAGGUGGCACUGCGCCUGAAGGGCGUCCCCUACGAGCUCAUCCUUGAGGACCUGACCAACAAGAGCGAGCUGCUGCUCCGUCACAACCCCAUCCACAAGACGGUGCCGGUGCUCCUCCAUGGCGACCGGCCGGCCAUCUGUGAGUCCCUGCUCAUCGUCGAGUAUGUCGACGAGGCUUUCGACGGCCCGCCACUCCUCCCCGUCGACCCCUACGACCGCGCCAUGGCACGGUUCUGGGCCCAGUUCGUCGAGCAGAAGUGCUCGAUGCCGUUUUGGAUGGCGGUGUGGCUGGAUGACGGCGAGGCGCGGGAGGGAUUUGUGAGGGAGACGAGGGCGAACCUUUCUCUGCUGGAAGCGCGGCUCCAGGGGAAGCGGUUCUUCGCCGGCGACGCCGUGGGUUACCUCGACUUCGCCGCGUGCGGCCUGGCGCACCUGCUGGGACCGAUAGAGGAGGUGGCCGGGGCGAGCCUGGUUGGCGCCGCCGAGUUCCCGGCGCUGAGGCGUUGGGCGGAGGCGUACACCUCCGACGAGACCGUCAGCGCGUGCCUGCCGCCGAGGGAGCAGCUCGUCGCCAACUUCGCCGGGAAGAAGGAUAGGAUCAAAAUGGCGGUCAACGCGAUGGUGCAGCCAUUAUAA